UGAAUGAUGGACGCCAGCAACCUUUAUCUCUCCCUCCCUCCUCCCUGCUAGGCGGCACACGCACAAGACACACGCAGCCAGCGGGGGGAGGCCUAUACAGUUAAUGCAGCGCCAGACCUAGCGUCUCCUAAUGAUAUAAGAACAGGACACCAGUCCUGAGAGAAAUAGCGGAGGGAAAGCAAGAUCAUAAAUAGAACAAAAUACUUCCCAACAUCUCCCCUUCUCCAGGAGGAUGUCCUUUCCCAGGAAGGACAGAAAAAAAACACAAUAGGAGGGACUAGUUAGGCAGUUUUAUAGGAGCUGUGUUAAAUUGAUUAAUUGACAUCCCCCUUAAUCUCCUGUCCUACAUUUUCAGGAGGAUUAGAAAUCCCUGUGGGUGCUGCUGCUGUAGGACAACAAGGAAAUAGGAUUUUGGACUUUUGGAAUAUAUAGUGGUUGACACUGACGGCAUCUUGUGAACAAUGUUGUCGCUCACAGGACUGAUCAUAGUCAUUUUCUAUGGAUUCUGCGAUGCUAACCUUGCGCUAUGCCGUCAUCUUUCCCUCAGAAGUCUAUUCCAAACAAUCUGAACUUGUCUGUCUACACAUGGUGGGCAUGGUGGGAAAAACCAGUGUGCAGUUGGUCUUACAAAAGGCGACCAGUAACAUAACACUCUUUGAAAGCAAUCUUCAGGAAAACACUUAUUUCCACUGCAUUCCUUUCCAGGUUCCGGAGCCGUCAGAAGGCAAUGAAGAAGUGGCUACAAUUCAUGCUGCAAUUAACCAUGCUGGAAAUUCUAUUUACAAAAAAAGUAAACUUCUUCUAAAGGGCAAACGAGCAGCAACCUUUAUCCAGACAGACAAAGCCAUCUAUAAACCCGGGCAGACUGUAAAAUUCAGAGUUGUCUCACUGGAUGAGAAUUUCCAACCAGGAAUAAACCAGUUAUCAGCCGUAAAGUUACAGGAUCCAGAGAAGAACCUAAUCGGACAGUGGCUAAAUGUCAGCCUCAGUCAGGGAAUUGCUGAGCUCUCCCUCCCUCUCUCUUCGGAGCCUCUGCUAGGAGAAUACUCGAUCCACGUGAAGGACAAGGUCCAUACAUUCAGUGUGGAAGAAUAUGUUCUGCCAAAAUUUAAGGUCACCCUUCAUUUUCCCAAAGCCGUUGUCAUCACUGAUGAGAAAUGCACAUUACAAUUGUGUGGCAGGUACACCUAUGGGAAACCAGUGAAGGGGAAUUAUAAGAUUCAAGUAUGUCGAUCGAAGGUUCCUUACUAUUAUACCCCGAGUCCUGAUGUUCCUUGUGUAGACUUCACAGGAGAACUGGAUAUCUCAGGAUGUUCAACUGUGCAAGUGCCACUGGAUACCUUUCAGCUAAACAGAAGAAGACUGCAGAUGAAAUUGUUUGGGACAGCAACCAUCACGGAGGAGGGGACAGGAAUUGAGUUAUCAACAACAACUGACACCAGAAUCUUAGAUGAAAAUGUUAAAGUCUAUAUUUUUGGCUCCGACACCACUUAUAAGCCAGGAAUCCCAAUGAGAAUCCAGGUUAAAGUAUCGGAUGCCAGUGACACCGUAAUCCCAGGAAAACAAGUCCACCUCACUUGUAACUCUAAACCUGACACAAUUGUCAAAACCCUGGUGACAGGCCCGGAUGGAAUAGCUUCCUUCAAUAUAGACAAUACUAUUGGCUGGAAGGGCAGAGUAUCCUUCACAGCAACUGUAAACCAAACCGACUACACACCUCCUGAUCAGUCUGACUCUAAAGUUCCCAGCAAUGUGUUUGCACGCCUGGAAUUAUCACCUUUUAAUUCUGAUAUUAGCAGCUUUAUUAAGAUCCAUCCUCCGGGUGCUAUCCUCCCAUGUGAUGGGCAGCAAGAAGUGAAGGUGGAUUAUAUCAUCAAACAAAACGAACUACAGGAAGGAGUCAGCCAUCUUCAUUUACAUUAUCUGGUCAUUACGAGAUUUUCUAUAAAAUACUCUGGACAGCUGGAAAUACCAUUAGGAAUUAUAGAUAAAGAUGAACGUGGUGACGUGGUACUCAAGCUUCCUCUGACUACAGAUAUGGCACCAACCUUUAGCAUUCUUGGUUACAUUUUGUUUCCUAAUCAAGAAGCUGUAGCAGAUUCUGUUCAAUUCAACAUGGAGAAAUGUUUCAGGAAUAAAGUAUCAGUCAAAUUCCUCCCGGGUGAAGUUCUUCCAAAAUCAGAUGUGUCUCUCCAGGUUGAGGCUGCUCCUGGAUCUCUCUGUGGCCUGCGAGUGGUGGAUAAGAGUGUGGUACUGAUGAAACCAGACAAUGAGUUAACCGCUACUAAAGUUUUUGAUCUUUUCCCAAUUUCCAGUUCACAUACAUAUAACAGACAAGUUGUGGAUGAAACGGAAUGUAAAUCAAGAUAUUGGAACGAAGGUGAUGUGUGCGCCUAUUUUGAGAACUUGAGCCUAAAAAUCAUGACAAGUGCAAGAAUAGGUGAAUCUCCUAAAAAAGGAAAUGGAUUCAUACAACAGCCCCCUCCUGAGGGUACACCAGUACAUUACUAUGAAGAUAUUGUGCUGAAUGCAUGGAUUACGGAGGAGAAGAAGGAUUUUGUCCCGAUAAAGAAAUCAAACAUAAUUCCUGUCAAAAAGCCGAAGUCAGUGAUAAGACAUUAUUUCCCUGAAACAUGGAUUUGGAAACUGGAAGCUGUCGGGGACUCUGGGAUUGGCAUUCUCCAUGACACAGCUCCUGACACCAUCACAGACUGGCAUGGUGGGGCUUUUUGUAUGGGUCCUGGAGGUUUUGGGCUGGCUUCGCCUGUACCUUUUCGAGUUUUCCAACCUUUCUUUGUGGACAUCACUUUGCCAUAUUCAGUGAUCAGAGGAGAAACUUUCACUCUUAAAUCCACAGUUUUUAACUAUUUGAAACAGUGUAUAAAGGUUAGGACUACACUUAUACCAUCUGCAGAGUUGGAAGAGAGGCCAUGUGAUGACUGCCAAUAUAGCAGCUGCCUCUGUAUAGAUGAGAGCAAAACCUUCUACUGGAACCUUAAAGCCUCCAAACUGGGGCAUGUGAACGUCACUGUAACAACAGAAGCUCUGGACACACAAGAUUUAUGCCACAAUGAGGUGCCUAUUGUCCCGAAACAGGGAAGCAUCGAUACGGUGGUAAAGCCAUUGCUUGUUCAGCCAGGGGGACUAAUGGAGGAGAAAUCAUACAGCGCUCUACUGUGCAGUCGGGGAGAAGAUGAUUCUAAAGUGGAAGAGAUUUCAUUGAAGAUUCCUGAAAACAUUUUGAAGGAUUCUGAAAGAGCCAACAUUGUAGUAAUUGGAGAUCUAAUGGGCACAGCAAUGCAAAAUUUGGACCGUCUUCUGGCCAUGCCAUAUGGAUGUGGUGAACAGAACAUGGUCCUAUUUGCCCCCAACAUUUUUAUCCUUCAGUAUCUGGAGAAGACUCAUCAACUGAAUAGUGAAAUUAAAAACAAAGCUACUACGUUUCUGGAGAGCGGAUAUCAGAGAGAACUGACUUAUAAACGUGAUGAUGGAUCAUACAGUGCAUUUGGGAAAAGUGAUAGCAGUGGAAACACCUGGUUGACUGCCUUUGUAGUGAAGUCCUUCAGUAAGGCUCGGCCAUACAUCUUCAUAGAUGAAAACCACCUUAAACAUUCUUUCUCCUGGCUGAAGAAAAACCAACAAGUCAAUGGCUGCUUUAGGAGUGUAGGACGACUUUUUAAUAAUGCUAUGAAGGGGGGAGUAACAGAUGAAGUCUCACUCUCUACGUAUGUUACCAUAGCUCUGCUGGAGGCUGGAGUAUUAAUAGAGGAUCCUAUGGUCAGAGAUGCUGUGUCCUGCCUGAGGACAGCAGCUGAGACUGUCACUAAUGUAUACAGCCAGGCUCUGUUGGCCUAUGCCUUUACUUUGUCUGGAGACACGGAGCUCAGGGAGGCGAUGAUGGACAAACUUGAGGCACAAGUUGUGAGAGGAAAUCGUGAGCAGCAUUGGGAACGUUUGUCCAAACCUCAGUCUGAAGACUCAUACUGGUCCCGAGCUUCAUCAGCAGAGGUGGAGAUGACCUCAUAUGUGCUCCUAGCCGUCCUUUCUGGUCCAACUCAAGAUUUAGUCAAAGGCUCAGAGAUUGUAAAUUGGUUGAGCAAACAACAGAAUCCAUAUGGAGGAUUUUCUUCUACACAGGACACAGUGGUGGCUCUUCAGGCAUUGGCCAAGUAUGCAGAGGCCACCUUCAGUGACAAAGGAGAUGUGACUGUGACAGUAUCAUCCAAGACAGAAUUUAUGAAGCAGUUCCGCGUAAAUAACAAUAACAGGCUACUUCUGCAGAGUACAUCGCUGCCAACAGUACCUGGAGAGUAUACGGUGAGAUCUUCAGGAAGCGGCUGUGUCUAUGUACAAACAGUCCUGAGAUACAACGUUCCUCCACCUAGACAAGAAGAAACCUUUGCAAUUAAAGUGGAGGUUCAAUCAAAUGAACGUGCAGAAGAAUCUAUGACAAAACUGGAGCUCACAAUCACUGCUCGAUAUACAGGUUCUAGGCAAAAAUCCAAUAUGGUUGUUAUUGAUGUGAAGAUGUUGUCUGGACACAUUCCACUAAAGAGCUCAGUGAAAAAAUUGGAGGAGAACUUGAUAAAGAGAAGUGACAUCCAGAUGGAUAUGGUGACCCUGUAUCUGGAGGAGCUGGGGCAGGAUUCUAUCAACCUUUCAUUCUUCAUUGAACAAGAUAUUAAAGUAAAGGACCUGAAACCAGCCAUAGUGAAGAUCUACGAUUACUACGAGACUGAUGAACAUGCAGUUACAGAAUACAAUUCCCCUUGCAGCGGAGAAGACAAAAGUAACACAAAUCAAGGCACAGAAUCCAAAAAUUAAAGACGAUGGAUCACUAUAAUGUGACCGUAAUGAUGAGAGGACUACAGUCUUCAGUAAAGAAGAUCCAUUCUAAAUCCAUUGUAGAAAACCUAAAUAAAUAAAAUCUUUACAGUUAUAUCCAAAAGA